GUCUAUAUCAUCAAUGUAACAUGGUCUGACCUAACUUCCCAGAUCAUCUACCGGAGAUACAGCAAGUUCUUUGACCUGCAGAUGCAGCUUCUGGACAAGUUCCCUAUUGAAGGAGGCCAGAAAGACCCCAAGCAAAGAAUCAUUCCUUUUCUACCAGGCAAGAUCCUGUUCCGGAGGAGCCAUGUGCGAGACGUAGCUGUGAAGCGGCUGAAGCCCAUCGACGAGUACUGCAGGGCGCUGGUUCGGCUUCCUCCUCAUAUUUCACAGUGCGAUGAAGUCUUCAGGUUCUUUGAGGCUCGCCCAGAAGACCUUAAUCCUCCAAAAGA